AUGGCGUCCAGAGGCCACGAGCAGACGGCUGAAGCUUAUGGAGUCUCCGGCUUCACUGGAUGCAGUAAGACUCCUCAGCCUGAGACUCGGGACAACUUACAGACUCCCUCACAGGGCUCAGGCCCCGGCGCAGUUCCUGCGGCUGCCGCAAAUUGUGGCUCCUGCCUUCGGAGAAACGUGGUCAGCGAGAGAGAACGCAGGAGGCGGAUCUCCUUGAGCUGUGAACGCCUGCGGGGUCUGCUGCCUCACUUUGAUGGCCGGCGGGAGGACAUGGCAUCCGUCCUGGAGAUGGCUGUGCACUUCCUCCAGCUUGCCCACAGUAUGACUCCUGGCUGGGAGCAGCUCUCUGUUGCUCAGCCUUCCCAGGAGAUGUGGCACAUGUGGCAGGGGGAUGUUGUGCAGGUAACCCUGGCAGAUCAGAUGGAGGACAGCAAGCCGGAGCCCGGGAUCGCGAAAGCAUCUGGUGCGGCUGGGGCGCAGGACCCCCCGUGCUGUGGGAUGCUGGGUAUGGACCAGAAACCUGACACGGAGAGAAUGUCAGAACUACUGGAGAGAUCCUCCUCCCCCGAUGGUAAACCCCAGAGCACAUUGUCAUUCAGUGCCCCUGAGCCUUCCAGCUUGAGUUCUGGGCUCUCACCCUGGCUUCCUCACUCAUGGCAAUUAGCCAGCCCGCAGACAAGUGACAUCAUUUCUGGUGGGCUGCACCCCGUGGGAUCCCUGGCCAGGGACACUGAAUCUCCAGGCAUACUGGCUGAGGAGGCCAACUUGGUCCUGACAUCUGUGCCUGAUGCCAGAUACGCCACAGGAGCAGGGUCUGACGUGAUGGAUGGAACACCCUUUCUGCUGGCCACCAACCCUGAUUGGUGGUUGGGGUCAGUGGAGGGCAGAGGAGGCCCAACCCUGAGCAUGAGCAGCCCUAUGGAGAGGGCAGAGACAAGCUUCGUGGGGGAUCCCGAGCCCAGCUCCCAGGAGCUCCAUGCUGGCCCGCUAGAGCUGUGGGGCUUGGAUUUUGGCAGCCCUGGCCUGGCCCUGAAGGACGAAGCAGACAGCAUCUUCCCUGACUUUUUCCCCUGCUAGUUGGGUUAUGUCAGCUUGGGGGCAGGGCAGCAUGGAGCAUGUGUUUAGACUGUGCCCCUGACCCUUGCCUGGGCGUUGUAUUUGGGGUUUGGUUUGCAGCUGUGGUCUAAUUUGAGGGGGACUGGCAGAGCUGCUAGUGGAGUUUAUAUU